UUUAUUGAUUAUUUAGAUAUCUACUUUGAUUUUAAGUUAUUUUUCAAUUAAUAUUGUUACGAAAAUUUUAUCAAAAUAUUCUUAAUAAAAGGACUUCAGAUAUAAACCUAACCACAUUUGUACUUUUUAACAUAUAAAUAUAUGUAAUUUUGUGAUUUUUGAUGAUGAAACAAUGGAUGUAGCUACUCCAACUCCACAAGAUCUUCAGAGAAAACUGUAUUUUUUAGUGGAGCAACUCCAACACAUGGCUGGUGAACUUCCUCCAAAGUAUCAAAUGCGUCUUCCCUAUGAAUUAUUAUCUGGUUUAGCUAAUUCUCUACUGAAUGAUACAAUAUUUGAAAUUGUUAAGGGAUUAAUGGAGAUACAGCAUGUUACAGAGAAACAUCUUUUUCAACAACGUCUUCAGUUACUAAAUCAACAGAAAAUCGAAAUGCAAGAAUCAUUAUCAUCAACAUACACAGAUGAAGAAAGAACAACGAUGAAAGUAACAUUAUAUAAAAAACACAAAGAGGAGCUUAAACAAAUGGAUAUGAAAUUAGUUCUACAAUUAGAUCAAAAAGUAGCAGAUCAACAAAGUAUUUUAGAAAAAGCUGGUGUACCUGGCUUUUAUGUUACCAACAAUCCAAUAGAAAUUCAAGUCCAAAUGAGAUUGUGUGACUUCAUAAUUAGACUGAGUAAAAUGGAGGUUCCAAGUUAAUAUAUAACUCAUAAAAUUAUUACUUUCUAAGAAUUAUACUACUUCAUCAAAUGAAA